AUGACUUGGUUCGAGGCUAAGAUGUUUUGUGACCGAAAGGGGAGCAGCAUGAUCGUCCCAAACUCGCAGUCGGAACACGAUUUUAUUUGGCAUGAAUUUGGCGCCAACAAAGGUAACAACUUUGGACUUUGGAUCGGCUGUAGAGAGGUUUACAAGGCCGAUACAGUGUGCUCGGAUAACAACAACAACAAUCUUCAAUUCAAGAACUGGUACCAGGAUCAGCCCGACCGGGACAAUGAAGAGUGCAUAAAAAUGGCAUAUAAAUUUGGUGGUAAAUGGGGAGACACUAUUUGCACUUUGGACGAAUUUGCCGCUUGUGAAAUGAGCGUUCCUGAACCCGAGUACUGCCUGACGGCUGAGGAUUACGGUCGCUUCACACCUCAGUGUCUGCUCAACCAUGACAUCAAGAACCUGAGAGCCACUGGAGUCAUUGGGUGUGGUCAGGCGUGCUGGGCGGAGCCUCGAUGCCACUCCUUCAAUAUCUGGCAGAAGGGUAAGAUCUGCCAGCUUAACAACGCAUCCCGCCUGCAGGCUGACGUCGCCAAUUUCAAGAUCAUAGAGGGCUGUUCGUUCUUUGACCUGUGA